UAGUUUGACUGUUAUAGUAAACAAUACUAUUUCGUGUAAGAUUGAAAUUCUAGUUAAGGAGAGAGUGCAUCGAAGCAGACUGACACAGGGUGUUGUACAGAAGUCGCCCAUCCCUUCAACAGUCUCAACAUGCAGCCAAGCGAAUAUUUUUUUAUAUUUAACAUAAACGCAAAUAGUGCACGGUACUUUUGUUACAUUUAUUAUUGGACUCAUGCGAUUUGGGCACUCUUGCUUCUAAACUAACGACCACAGGCCCUAAUUUAACGGAUGAAAAUGUUUUAUAAAACGUAAUGCACCAAACGCACCACCUUACAGUUUAGCUUUUCCCCGAAGUUGAAGGUGAAUUGGACGGUCUGCCGAAACUUGGCCGGGAGAGCCCCCUAGGGCACACCUUUUGGUCUGCCUGCGUUUCUUGAGGAAUAAAAAUAUAUUUGAAGUGUUCUACUAUAUAAACACUUUAUUUUGGCUCGUUGCAGUUUGAUUAGUGGUCGUCUACUUAGUUAUCCGCCUUGUAUGGAGGAAAGCUUUGUUCCGCCUCCUAUAAAUUUUAAGUUUCAAGUUCUUGACGUUACCUUUGCUCCCUACGCCAAAUAUAUCGCUUCAGGACUUAUUAACGGGGGAGUUUAUGUACAUAGCUAUGAGAAGGAUGCACACGAAUUAAAAUGUCAUUGGAAGGCUUUUAAAAAGUCAUGUCGAGCUUUGCACUUUUCCCAGGACGGGAGUGCGCUCUUCGCUGCCUCUCGAGAUCGCAGUCUUGCUCUACUCGAUCUCUCCACCGGCAACGUUAUUAGUAAAAAGAAGCGCGCUCAUCUACACCCCAUCAAUGCACUUCAAGUCCUAAACGAGCACUUGCUUGUGACAGGGGACGAUAACGGAAUAAUAAAGUCCUGGGAUACCAGAACAGACAGAAGUAUCAUGGAGCUGUGUCACUGUGCUGAUUAUAUAUCUGCCUUUUCCUUUCAUUAUCCCACCAAGACUUUAUUAGCGACUAGUGGCGAUGGCACCCUCUCUGCAGUCAAUAUGCGUAAGAGAAUUUUAAUAGAAAGAUCUAUUGGACUGGACGAAGAGCUUUCUUCAGUGGCUAUUAUAAAAAAUGGCACAAAGGUAGUCUGCGGCACUCAGAACGGCUCCUUGGACAUUUUCUCUUGGGGGGAGUGGCGUGAUAUUAGUGACCGGUUAGUGGGCCACCCGGAAGCUGUUGAUUGCCUGCUCGCUGUGGACGAGGAAACCCUUGCUACCGGUUCAUCGGACGGCUUUAUAAGAAUAAUUACGGUGCAACCCCACAAGUUUCUGUGCGUUUUGGGAAAACACGAAGAUCUUCCGGUGGAAAAACUUUGUCUUUCGGAAGAUCGGGAGCUUUUGGCUUCAUGCUCACACGACUGCACCGUGAGGUUCUGGGGCGCAAGGAAGUGUCACUCUACUCGCAAACCACUUAAAAAAAAAUGUUUGGAGUCGUUGAUGGCCACCAAAACUGCAUCAAGUAUGCUUUCCAGGAAUUUUUAUGAAGAUUUUUAAACGGUCGCCACUAUUGUUAAUAAAAGCGAUAC